CAACGGCUACAAGAAAUCCCACAGACACAAAAUUCAUACUUACAAACAGCUCCCGUUACAUUACAUAUACACACACUGAUAUACAUAUAUACAUAUAUAUACAUAUCUAAGUGUGUCUAAGUUCAGCAAAAAUGAAGGUGAUGAAAGCCAUGAAGAAGCUCAAAUUCUGGCCCCGCAGACCCAAGAAGAAAAAAGUGCAUCCACCGUACUCCCCGCCACCACCGUCGCGGCCGCCGCCGCCGCCGCCGCCGGCGGUGCUGUAUAAUUACGAGGAAGACAGCCCGUACGAGGCACUUCUGCCGUCAGCCCCACCGCUGCCGCCAUGGAUGGAGUAUGAAUAUGAGUACGAUGAGUACCAGGUGCAUUUUGAAGAAUCUGAAUCAGAAUCAGAAGGCAAGUGCAAGACAAUAGUAAAAUCUCCUUCAGCUUCAGGUAAUUCAGGGACAUUAAUAAUAUCAGAAUCCCAAAUAUCUCCCUCUCCCUGUGAUGAUGAUGAUGAGGUGAAGAAAGGCGGUCCUGGUCCUGGUCCUGGACCUCGUGAGUGUGGAUUUGGAUGGGGUAUGGCUAUGAUGAGGAGGUUUGGGGCUCGCGUGUUGGGGUGUGUGUUCCCUUGUUUGACUUUGAGGGAACGAUCGUCUUCUCAACAGCCACCACUUCUUCUUUUCUGAAAUGAAUUCAUUUUGUAUCUAUCUAUAUAUAUAUAUAUACACACAUAUCUUGUAAGUAAGGCUACAUUGAUCAUCUACAGGUUCUUGAAAAAGAUACCAACUGAAUUGGGAUUUAGAACAGUUUAAUUAAUUGAUUUAUUAAUCAUAUUUGAUAUUUUAUAUU